AGCACUUUGGCGCCAGUCUUAACCAUGCAAGUCCUUCUUCUGCUGCAAUUUGCAGCGCUCCAAUCGACGCUCGCGCGACGGAUGACACCUGUGAAGCGGCUGAGACUGAAUAUUUUCAACAAGCGCGGCGGCGCAACGAAGCCAUCGCUCAGCCUGCGCGGCGCCGGCUUCCGCGCCUACGAAAAGCGCACGCUGGCGCGCGUUUCAAGAGGCGGCGGCGCGACCGGCACGACGGUCGCCACGCCGCAGCCGAGGCCACAAGAGGACACCGCCGUCGAUUUACUCGAAGCCCACAACAACGCGAUAAAGACGAGGGGCGGCCAGCUCCCCCUCCUCAUAUUGCGCAUGGUGAGGAUUCUACCGAGAUUACUCGCGGUGAUGAUACCGGCUCUCGGGGGCUAUUCCAAUCUAGAAAAGUUCGAUUUGUUGGGCACGGCCUUGUUCGCCUACGUCGGCACGAUCGCCGGCGGCAAGAACGGCAUGGACGUGUUUGGCUGUAUGGUUAUCGGUACGGUAACAGCUACCGGUGGCGGUACCUUGCGAGACAUUGUAUUAGGAGGCGAGCAGCAGGUCUUCUGGAUGCGCGACGUGACGUACCUCAAGAUCUGUAUUGUUACAUCUCUCGUAACCUUCUUCACGUGGCCGCGGUUCGAGACGAAACGCGGCUGGCGCGACGACCACGAGUUACUUUGUUUCGCCGACGCUUUGGGCAUGGGCGCUUUUUGCGUCAUGGGCGCCGAGAAGGCUCUGGUGAGGGACGUGGAUCCGCUCUGUGCCGCCAUCCUAGGGUUAGUUACCGCAACUUUUGGCGGGGUCACACGCGAUGUCCUGACGAGACGUCCCGUACGGAUCUUCCACGCGACGAUUGAUGGCGCCGAGAAGUCCUGGUACGCGUUACCGGCGCUGUUCGGUUCGUCGAUCUAUGUUGCACUCCAAACGUGCUGCGACGUCGACAAGGACCUGGCGGCGGUCUGCGCCUUCCUCAUGACCGUGACGAUGCGCGUGGCCGCCUAUACUUAUAGGUUGACGCUGCCGGCCUAUCCCAACCCGGAGUGGCAGGACGGGAAGCGCGUGCGGUAG